AUGAUACUAGAUUAUCUUCUUCCCACGUCCUCACAACCUCCUGCGAACAUGAAUUAUAUCUGGCCGGCCGCCGUCCCUGCCGCAACGGAUGUCGGAGCUUCCAUGGCCGACGCCUUCAUUUCGUCGUCCGCUUCCAAUCUAGCCUCCCUCUGGCCCUCCUCCUCCGCCGGCGGAGACCACCACCAGACGCAGCCGACAUUCUUCAGCCAGGAAACCCUCCAGCGGCACCUCCUCACUUUGAUCGAGGGCGCCCGCGAGAGCUGGACCUACGCCAUCUUUUGGCAGUCCUCGGUCAUUGAUUACGGCGGGCCCGCGCUGUUGGGCUGGGGCGACGGCUACUACAAGGGCGAGGAGAAUAGAUUCGGCCGUAGAAGGGUGUCAUCUCCCUCCGAGCAGGAGCACAAGAAGCAGGUGCUCCGGGAGUUGAGUUCUCUGGUCUCCGGAGCUCAGCCCGCCGCCGGAUCCGAUUACUCUGUCGACGAGGAGGUCACAGACACCGAGGGGAUGAAUUCGAUUGAUUAG